AUGAUGUUCAACCUGAUAAUAUCUGCUGCACAAUCCAUUCUUCAAGUCAUGGUGAUUGUAGCAUUUGGCUAUAUCCUUACAAGAGGUGGUUAUAUCAGCAAUGAUAAACAAAAGUGGCUCUCCAAGUUGAACCUUGUAUUCUUUACACCAUGCCUCCUCUUUUCAAACAUUGCAUCUGUCAUUUCAUUCGAGAAGCUACUUGCAUACUGGCCGAUCCCUAUUUUUUAUAGCAUCUUUGCCCUUAUCUCAUUUUCCGCUGCACAUGGCAUCAGCCGUGCUGUUCGAGUCAAGCCUGUCUAUCGUCGUUUUAUCGUUGCAUGCACCAUGUUUUCCAAUACAAACUCCUUACCAGUGGCUGUCAUUUCGAGCUUGGCCUUAUCAGAAGCGGGUCAAAUCCUCUAUUGGGGUGUCGAUGAUUCACAGCAAGCUGUGGCUGCAAGGGGCAUUACCUAUGCAUUGCUGUAUGCUAUCUUUGGAAACCUUUUACGCUGGUCCUAUGGAUACAGCUUGCUUUCAUCUGAAGAAGAUCCCGACAAUGAUGACCAAGACAAGCAAAGCAGUGUUCUCACAGGAAGAGAACAUCAUCGAGAUGAGAUUGUGUAUGCCGAAUAUGGAGCAGCUGACAUGUAUCGUCGUCGUGCUAGCUCAAUCACGUUACCAGGCACUGACCAUCUUGGUUCACAACAAGCUAACAACAAGGCAUCCUUGAGGGGCCAAGUCAAUGAAUCCACUGCCCUUUUAUCCUCCUCCAUGGAACAACAACAACAAGUUGUUGACGAUGAUGAUGAUGAUGAUGAUGAUGCUCGUUCUACUACAAAGACACUUGUCGUAGUGGAUUGGGCCCGGUCCAUUCAUCAAUCCAUGACCCCACCCUUGUACGCAGCAUUGCUUGCAUUGAUUGUUGGACUUGUUCCCUUUCUUAAGCAGCUCAUGUAUCACAGUAUAUUGUAUCCCACCAUCACCAGUGCUAUUCAAUCCUGCAGCAAAGCCUCCGUUCCCAUCACGCUCGUUUGCCUUGGUGCACAACUCAAAGAUAUUUCUUCUCAAACAUCAUCAUCAUCCGAUGCAGCAUUGGAAUUAGAAGAAGGUCAACAACAAGAACGUCAAGUGGAUCCCAAGCCCAUAGCCACAGCCAUUGGUAUCCGUAUGGGACUUGUACCAUUGAUAGUGAUCCCGUUGGUGCUUGCCUUUGUAAAGUACAAUGGUGUUGCAUGGUCGUCUGUGUCAGUGGCCACGGAUCCAGUAUUUGGUGUCAUGAUGAUUAUCCUUGGUUGCACUCCCACGGCCAUCAAUCUGGUGCAAAUCUCUCAGGUGACAGGUGCCUUUGAAAAGGAAAUGCUGCGUGUCCUCUUUUGGAGUUAUGGUGUUGUCUGUAUCCCCGUAUUCACCAUGAUCAUCUUUGCUGCUCUCAACAUUGUCCAUUUGUUUGUCUAA